CAUAUCAGAUAGCUAUCACUUAUAGUGAAUUAGUUAUCGCAAAGGAUGCAGACGAGAUGACUCCUCUUCAACUUCUUUCAACCAUCAAACCAGAACUUCGUCCCAAAAGUGUCUUCAAGCGCAUCAUGUUCAGGAUAAUUGAUGCAAGUCCUAAGGUUAAAGGCAGGACAUUGGAGUUUAUUAAAGAUCUGAAGAAAGAAAAACAUGCUUGUGAAUGGGCACUUAAACUUGCUCAGUUGUUGAUUACAAAUGACAACUCAUGGCAGAAAACAGAAUCAUGGACUGAUAAGCGUGGUUCUAAAGUUCACGAGUAUGGAAAGACUACAUCCGCGCUUAAACAUGAGCAAAAGAUCGCAAUAGCUCAAGAAGCCAACAUUGAUCAGAAGCCGGAUACUCCAUUGUUAUUGGCAACUAAACAUAAUUGUCCAGAGAUUGUUGAGGAAAUACUCAAAGUGUAUCCUCAGGCUGUAGAGCAUGUUGAUAAAGAGGGACACAACAUUCUGCAUUUGGCAAUCUUGCAUCGAAGACUAGCGAUCAUUGAUGUGAUGGAAAACAUGGAGUAUCCAUUGCAAAGACUAAGAGGAAGGCUUGACAAGAAGUAUAACACUUUGUUGCACAUGGUUGGUCUUAAAGCAAAUGACCUAGAAGACGAGGUAAAAGAUCCUGCUAAACAAUUAAAAGAUGAUCAACGUCUAUAUAAGAGGGUGGCGAAGAUAUCUACAACCGUAGACUUGAUGACCCGAAACUCUGACAUGAAAACCCCACAGGAGGUGUUUUUUGAAACCAAUGAUAAACACCGUGAAGAAGCGAAGAGAUGGAUGUCUGAGAAUGCGAAAAACUGUUCUAUUGUUGCUGUUCUCAUUGCGACUGUCGCCUUUACUUCAGCAUACCAAAUACCAGGAGGUAAUAAUAAUGGUCAUCCGGUUCUCAAGGGCAAACCGAUGUUUCUUCUCUUUGCCUUGGCUGACGCCGUUUCACUUUCAUCAGCAUUUACAUCCGUUAUCAUUUUUCUCAAUAUCGUCACAUCACCAUUCCGGUUUAAGGAUUUUGAAUCGUCUCUUUAUGAAAAGCAACUUGCAGCACUUAUUUUGCUAAUCAUCUCUGUAGCAAUGAUGAUGGUAGCAUUUGCAGCCACACUUGUUUUAACUGUAAGUAACAACGCAACUUGGACAAACUUGACCUUGUAUGUUGUUUCAUUCUUCCCAGUGUUUGUUUUUGUCUACGAGUACAUACAAGUGUACUCGAAAAUAAUUGUGGAUUUCUGGUCGAUGCUCAAGAAUAUGAAGGUUAAAGUUGUUCUGAUGUUUCAUGAUAUUUGGGACUAUAAACGUCAAUCACUGCAUUCGGUUUCUGGUUUCGUUCAUUUACCCACUGGUUCUCUUGUUUGAGCUUCUGCCCGAUUUCUUUGGGCGAUCACACUUUUUUAGCUCUAUAGUAUUAAUGUGUAUUGUUUUUGCGUGUACUUAACUAACUAGAAUAAUUUCCAUUCUUGAUUGAGUAUUUGGGGGAAAAUGUCGUGUUCCUGUUACAAUCGAAUGUAAUGAUGUUAUGUAUUAUGUAAAAUGUAUUGAUAUGUAUAAUGUAUUAAACAUAAAUAUGAAGAAUUAUCAAUGUUUGUUAUG